AUGAGCUCGGGAAACGAGGGCGACGCUGUCGCAAACGCCAGCGACCCGCCCCGAGACAACGACGAGUAUAGAGGAUCACACAAGUCGAAAUUCAGAUUCAAGUCCAAGCGAAAAUCCUCCCAUGCUGAAGAAUCGCGAGGUUCGUCUCGUCAUGGCGACGAAGAAAGACAUCACCGACACCACAAACAUCACCACCGCAGCAAACGGCGCAAGCCCUCCCCCGCCAAAGAUGACCCCUCCCUCUACGACGACACACAUCUCCCCAACACCUCAUCCGCUCAGUUCGCCGAUCCGGACGUCGCAUUCCGCGAGUCUCUCUUUGACGCCAUGGCCGACGACGAAGGAGCCUCGUUUUGGGAAGGCGUGUACGGGCAGCCGAUUCACACGUACCCGGAUGUGAAAGAGGGGCCGACGGGGGAGUUGGAACAGAUGACUGAUGAGGAGUAUACUGCAUAUGUAAGGGGGAAGAUGUACGAGAAGACGCAUCAGCAUUUAGUUGAAGAGAAGCGGCGGAGGGAUGAGGCCAAGAAGGAGAGGGAGAAAGCGGCUAAGGAGGGGCGGAGGGAAGAGAGGGAGGCACAGAGGUUUAGGAGUAAGGUGGAGGAGAGUUUGAGGAGGGGGGAGGAGAGGAAGAAUAGGAAAGCUUGGGGGGAACGGUGGAACGCAUAUGUUGGGAAGUGGGAGGAGUUGGGGAAGGCGGAGACGAAAGUCCAUGUUGCUAGUAUUCCUUGGCCAGUGGAGAGUGGGAAGAGGCAGGAUGUGUGUUUUAAGGAGAUUGAGAGAUUCUUUCUUUAUGCUCCAAGUUCGGGAGAGCCUACAGAGAUGCAGCUAGGGAAAGUGUUGAAGACUGAACGAGUGAGGUGGCAUCCGGAUAAGAUCCAGCAGAAGCUCGGAGGUCAAGAUGUUGGGGAGGAUGUUUUGCAGGCUGUUACAGAAGUGUUCCAGCUUAUUGAUCGAAUGUGGUCUGAGAUUCGGGACCAGAAGAAAUGA